AUGAAGUGCGCCGAGCGGUUCAACCUGGUUGACCGGGUGCUGAAGCGAUGGUUCCGGCGGCUGGGCGGCGUCGUCGGCCGCCAUCCGGGGUACUUCCUGCUGGUGCCGCUGCUGCUGACGGCCAUCGCCGCUACCGGCUUUCAGCGAAUGCAGCACGAGAACGCGCCGGAGCGCCUCUUCUCGCUGCAGACGGGCCGAGCGCAGCGGGCGCUGAAGCUCGUCGAGCGUUACUUCCCCAUCAACGACACCAACUACGACGCCCACCGCAGGACCACCUUGAAGAACGUGGCGCGCGUGCUGGUAACGGCGCGCGACGGAGGCAGCAUGCUGCGCGUGCGGCAGCUGCAGGAGCUGGAGCAGCUCGACCGGCGCGUGCGCGAGGUCGAGCUGGACAGCGGCUGGCGGCGUUGGCGCUACGCGGACGUGUGCACUACGCGCGCCGGCGAGUGUCUGCCGAACGACGCGCUGCUGCUGGUGCCCAUGGCGAAGGACCUGGAGAGCGGGCGCGUGAACCUGACGUUCCCAGUGUGGAUGGGCGACUGGCAGCGGCCGCUGGCGCUGGCGGGCGUACUCGGAACGCCGCAGGUGGACGCCGAGGGAGUCAUCACGAACGCGCCCGCUCUGCAGAUCUACUACUGGACGGCGAACCGCACCUUCUUCAACAUCGAUGUGUCCCUGCAGUGGGAGAACGAGCUCCUGCAGUCGUUGCUGGCCGCGCGGGACGAGCUGCAGCACAUCGACAUCGCCUUCUUCGUGUCGCAAACAGUCGGCGAAGAGCUCGACAAGAACGUGUACUCUGUGAUCCCGUAUAUGAGCGUCAACUACCUGAUCAUGGGCACGUUCUGCGUGCUCGUGUGCAUGAUGCAAGACUGGGUGCGCGCCAAGCCCGUGGUGGUGGUGAUGGGUCUGCUGGGAGCCGGCAUCGCCACCGCCACCGCCUUCGGCCUGCUCAUGUACUGCGGUGUGCCCUUCAUCAGCAUCAACAUCGCCGCUCCCUUCCUCAUGCUCGGUAUCGGCGUGGAUGACACGUUCGUGGUGCUGUCGGCCUGGCGCCGGACCCGUUCCAGGACUCCGUGCCGGCAGCGGAUGGCGGCCGCGUACGAGGAGGCUGCUAUCUCCAUCACCAUCACCUCGCUGACCGACAUGUUCUCCUUCUGGGUGGGCGUGGCGACGCCCAUCACCAGUGUCCAGAUCUUCUGCCUCUACACCGGGGUGUCGGUGGUCUUCACCUACCUGUGGCACCUCACCUUCUUCGGCGCGUGCCUGGCGUUCGCGGGUUACGCAGAGCAACGCAACCUGCACUCGGUCACCUUGAGGCCGGUGCUGCCUCACUCCGAGGCGGGUGACAAGCCGCGCUGGUACCGCCUCCUCUGCGCCGGAGGUGUGUCACGGUCCGAUCCGUGGAGAGAGGUCGACAAUCCUGACCAUGGCGCCAUGCUCUUCUUCAAGAACACGCUGGCCAAGGCUCUCAACAAGCCGACGGUGAAAGCGCUGGUGAUCGUCUCGUUCCUGCUGUACCUGGCCGGCGCCAUCUACGGCUGCCUCCACGUGCAGGAGGGCCUGGAGAAGCAGCGGCUGGCCGGCCCCGACUCCUACAGCGUGCAGUACUUCCAGACGUCCGCCAAAUACUUCAGCGACUUCCCGUACCGAAUACAGGUCAUCGUGGAAGGCCGGCUCAACUACUCGGACCCGAAGGUGCAGCAGGAGGUGGAGACGCUGCUGCAGAAACUGGAGUCGAGCCGCUUCGUGGCCGACAAGUUCUACACGGACUCGUGGCUGCGUGACUGGACGGGGACGCUGGAGUGGGGUGGCGACGUGCUGGAGGUGGACCUCUCUACAUACGAGAAGUGGACGGAAAGCCUCAAGAGGGUGAUGCUGAGCGGGUCAGGGGGCACGCCCCAGCUGGACGUGGCGUUUGACGAGACGGGCCGGCACAUCGUUGCCUCCCGCUUCAUCAUCCAGAUCAAGGAUGUCCAAGGCGAGACGGAGAGCAGCCUGAUGAUGGAGGAGCUCCGGACUAUCUGUGACCAGUCUCCGCUCGAAGCCGAAGUCUUCGAUCCUCGUUUCAUCUUCUUUGAUCAGUACACCUACGUAAGAAGCAUCACCAUACAGUCCACAGGCAUUGCUGCCAUCAUCAUGUGCAUCAUCUCGCUCAUCUUCAUCCCCAACCCGAUCUGCUCGCUGUGGGUGGCAUUCAGCAUCCUCAGCAUCGAGAUCGGCGUCAUCGGCUACAUGUCGUUGUGGGGCGUGAAUCUGGACAGCAUCUCCAUGAUCAAUCUCAUCAUGUGCAUUGGCUUCUCGGUGGAUUUCUCCGCGCACAUCAGUUACGCAUACAUGUCAGCGCACGGCAAGUCAGCCGACAAGAGAGUGGAGGAGAGUCUGUACGCCCUGGGACUGCCGAUUCUACUAGGGGGCCUCUCCACAAUAGCCGGCGUGAGCACGCUCUGUCUCGCGCCUUCCUACAUCUUUGAGGUCUUUUUCAAGACCAUCUUCCUCGUGAUCACGUUCGGCCUGAUGCACGGCCUGUUCCUGCUGCCCGUGAUGCUCUCACUGUGCGGGCCGGGCAGCACCCUCUGCGGCUUCCGCAAACGGGAGCGUGACUCGGCCGAGAGCGCCAGCUCCGCCGACCCACCG